CUUCUUCCCAUCGUAUUCCGUAAGAAGAUUCUGGUGAAUGCGUAGAAAAGGGAAAUAAACAGUUUAGGGGUGUAAAAUGUUGGGUGUGUUCAGCAGCUCCAUCGUUUCGCCGCCGGACGAGCUUGUGGCCGCCGGCAGCCGAACCCCGUCGCCUAAGACGACAGCGGCGGCGCUGUGGAAGCGGUUCCAGGAGAAAAACGCUUCCACAGUGUCGGUGGAGAUCGGAGAGCAUGUCCACCUUGCUUAUACCCAUCACAACGAGUCGCCGUUUCAACCCAGAUCUUUUGCAGUGAAGGAUGAAGUAUUCUGCUUGUUUGAGGGAGUCCUUGAGAAUUUGGGGCACUUGAGACAACAGUAUGGACUGGGGAAGUCAGCCAAUGAAGUAUUGUUGGUGAUUGAGGCUUACAAAGCCUUGCGUGACCGAGCACCUUACCCUGUUAAUCACGUUGUUGGCCAUCUCAGAGGGAGCUUUGCGUUCAUACUUUUUGACAAAUCCACUUCCACCCUGUUUUUGGCCUCUGAUCAAUACGGUAAGGUACCUCUGUAUUGGGGAAUUACUGCUGAUGGCUAUGUAGCAUUUGCUGAUGAUGCAGAAUUGCUUAAAGGUGCUUGUGGGAAGUCACUUGCUUCUUUCCCUCAAGGAUGUUUCUACUCCACAGCUGUUGGAGGAUUGAUGUGUUAUGAAAAUCCUAAGAAUAAGAUCACUGCAGUUCCUGCUAAGGAGGAGGAAAUCUGGGGUGCAACCUUCAAGGUGGAAGGGCCAGCAGUUGUUGCAGCCAGACAAUAGAGGUUCCUUUGGAGAAAUAACCUCUGCAAUGGAGUACCUUAGUUCUAUCAGUAUUUUUCGUAUCAGCACUUGCUUCUAUCAGUGUACAGUAACGCUUGUCAAUCUAAUAAAAACUCUUCUGCUUUUAAAUUUC